UCACUUCCUGGAGACUGGCUGAAUCAGGAAGUGAUCCCAGAGGACCGGGUUGUGGCGGUAGACCCCUGCGGCCGGCCCAGGUUCGGGAACCAUGAGCUGGAUUCCUUUCAAGAUUGGGCAGCCCAAGAAGCAGAUUGUCCCCAAAACAGUGGAGAGAGACUUUGAAAGAGAGUAUGGAAAACUCCAACAGCUGGAAGAGCAGACCAAGAAGCUGCAGAAGGACAUGAAGAAGAGCACAGAUGCCGACCUGGCCAUGUCCAAGUCAGCCGUGAAGAUCUCCCUGGACCUACUGUCCAAUCCCCUCUGCGAGCAAGACCAGGACUUUCUGAACAUGGUGACAGCCCUGGACACAGCGAUGAAGCGGAUGGAUGCCUUCAACCAGGAAAAGGUGAACCAGAUCCAGAAGACUGUGAUUGAACCCUUAAAAAAGUUCAGCAGUGUCUUCCCAAGCCUCAACAUGGCCGUGAAACGGCGGGAGCAGGCCCUGCAGGACUACCGCAGGCUGCAGGCCAAGGUGGAGAAGUACGAGGAAAAGGAGAAGACGGGGCCUGUGCUGGCCAAGCUCCACCAGGCCCGGGAAGAGCUCCGGCCCGUCCGUGAGGACUUCGAAGCCAAGAACAAGCAGCUGUUGGAUGAGAUGCCACGUUUCCACAGCAGCCGCCUCGACUACUUCCAGCCCAGCUUUGAGGCCCUUAUCCGGGCACAGGUGGUGUACUACUCAGAAAUGCACAAGAUCUUUGGAGACCUGACCCGACAGCUGGACCAGCCCGGCCACUCAGACGAGCAGCGGGAGCGGGAGAAUGAGGCCAGACUGAGUGAGCUGCGAGCCCUCUCCAUCGUGGCAGACGACUGAGUCCCCUGCCUCAGGAGACUGCAGGGACACGUCCGCACCUUAUGCUCUCGGCCCUUUCUGGGCACAGGCUCAUGCCCUCCCUGCCAGACAGCUGUGAGAAGUGCCGUACCUGGCAGCGCCUCUUCUACCUCGCCAGCCCUGUGAGCCAAGAGGCAUCUGUUCCCUUGAGCCCCAAGCAGGCAGCGGCUGUCUCCCCAGUCAGGGUGCAGGUAAGCUGCGGAGGGAAGCGCCGGGGUCAUUA